CGUAUGUCUCUGGGAAUUAGUUGCCUUCAUGAUGGUGCUGGAAACAUGCAUCACCCUCUUUCUGAUCACCGUGGUCACUCUUCUGAUUUACCUGGUUACAUGGUGGAGGAGGGUAAAGCACAGUAAUCUCCCUCCAGGGCCAACACCUCUACCCCUACUGGGGAAUAUAGUGCAAAUGAGCACCACAGAAAUGCCUAAAGCUUUGAUGAAGAUGAGUGAGACCUAUGGACCUGUGUACACCUGCUACUUGACCACCAUACCUGUAGUUGUACUGGUUGGGUGCGAUGCAGUGAAAGAAGCGUUGGUAGAACACAGUGACGCAUUCAGCAACAGAGGAGAAUUGGACCUGCUCAGCUUAUUAUUCAGAAAUUAUGGGAUCGUUAUGAGUAAUGGAGAAACGUGGAAAGCUAUGAGACGCUUCUCUUUAACGACCUUGAGAAAUUUUGGCAUGGGGAAAAGGAGCAUUGAGGAGAGGAUCCAGGAAGAGGCCCACUAUCUAAGAGAGAAAUUCUCAGAGAACAAAGACUCCUCUUUUGACCCAACAUAUCUGCUGGGAUUGGCUGUCUCCAACGUUAUUUGUUCCAUUGUGUUUGGUAAGAGAUUUGACUAUGAAGACAAGAAAUUUAUGACCCUUCUACAGUACAUCAGAGAAAUUGUCAGGGGACUAAACUCUCGGGCAGGCCAGAUUCUUAACAUGUUUCCAAACUUGCUGAGCAAGGUUCCCGGACCCCAUCAGAACAUUUUUGCCAAUUUUGAAAAGCUAAGGAAAUUUGUAAGGGAGACGGUGCAGUCCCACCGAGAAGUUCUGGAUGAAAAUUGUCCACAGGACUUCAUAGACUGUUUUCUCAUAAAGAUGGAAGAGGAGAAAAAAAAAACAAAUACAGAAUUUAAUGAAGAGAACUUGUUGGCAUCAGUUCUUGACUUGUUCUUUGCUGGUACUGAGACUUCAAGUGCUACCCUAAGAUAUGCCUUCCUAAUAAUGCAGAAAUUUCCAGAGAUACAAGAGAAGGUCCAGAAAGAAAUUGACACCGUGAUUGGACAAGAUCGCCUUCCCUCUAUGGAAGACAGGAACAAGAUGCCAUAUACAGACGCCGUUAUACAUGAAAUCCAGAGAUUUGCUGAUAUAAUUCCAUCAGGAUUACUUCAUGCUACCAGCAAAGACAUCACCUUCCGAGGAUAUAGGAUUCCUAAGGACACCUUCGUGGUUGUUACCCUCACAUCUGUUUUGAAAGAUCCCAAAUUCUUUAAGAAUCCUACUAACUUUGAUCCUGCACACUUUCUUGAUGAGAAUGGGGCCUUUAAGAAGAAUGAUGCUUUUAUGCCUUUUUCUGCAGGUAAGCGUGCAUGUGCAGGAGAAGGUCUAGCCCGUACGGAGCUUUUCUUGUUUUUCACUACUGUACUCCAGAGGUUUACUUUGAAACCAACAGUGGACAAGAAGGACCUAGAGAUCACCCCAGAACCCAAAACGAAUGCUUCAAGAGCUCGGAAUUAUAAAAUGUUUGCCGCCCCUCGGUAAAAUACCAACCAUGCCCAUCAUGCAACAUUGAAGAGAUGGUGUCAUACUUUAGACACCGUCAGAGACCAACAUAAUCAUUUGUUUUUGCAGUAUAAAUAUAAUUGCAUAACAUUAAAUGAUGAGUAAUUAUUAGGUAAUAAACAGAAUAACCUUUAAUUUAGUUUUUUAAUAUAAUUUAUUGUGCAUUGUAUUCUGUCUGGCAGAUCCUAAACCUACCUAGCUCAUUGCUUCACAGGUGUGUAAAUAAAAAUCCUGACAGCUUCUCAA